AUGCCAGAUGAAAAAGAAGCACCGAUUUAUACUGCGGAACGAGUUGUUGCUAAACGUAUUAAAAAUGGUGAAACGCAAUAUUUUCUCAAAUGGAAAGGAUGGGGCAAAAAAUGGAAUACAUGGGAGCCAGAAAAACAUAUUAUAGACAAAGGAUUAAUUGAUGAUUUCAGUGAGAGACGAAAACAGCGUCAGAAAGAUAAAAAGCCAAGUAUUGGAACAACAAGAAAUUCAUUGUCGCGGAAAGCCACAGUGCUCAGUAAACGUGGUUCACCCAAAACUUCCUCGUCUUCAACCAGAAGUGUUACACGUCGAAUACGUAGUUCAUCCUCAUCUUUAUCAACAGGAGCUGAGGGUAGUAGAGUUCAAAUAAAAAAAUUUCCAGUAGAUAAUCUUGAAUCAACCACAGAUGUACAACACUCAUCAGUCGAUUAUGACUUAAAACGUUUAAAUCGAGCUGCUGCCUACGGUUUACGACCAAUUCGAACACAGCAGUAUGCACUAAAUCAACAACGCACUCAUGAAGAAGAAGAACAACAACAAGAACAAAAUGAAGAUAUGGAAACAGAAGAAGAGAAAAAGAGUAAAGAUGAUGAUUCAAUUACUUUACUAGAUGAAGAUAGUUCAUUACAAAAUUUAUUAUGGCAAAAUAAACCUCAAGAAUCACUCACUACUCCUCCUUCAUCCUCGAAUAUUACUAGAACUACAACAACAAUAACAGAAGUGACGGAUGACAAUAAUGUUACAGUUACAAUUCGUGAAUUAAAUGAAACAGGUCAAACAGCAGCAACAUCCCUAUCCUCUUUUCAACAACCACCACGAAGAUUUCUUGGAUAUGGAAUUAAUGGUAGAGGUGGAAUGCGAAGACAUUAA